CUCACGCCCUCUCUUCCCAUCACUGUAUGGAUACAGUUAGAAGUACCGAGUAGAGGCUAGUCCGCUUGUUGGUACAUUGUCAUUUAUAAAAGAAGAGGGAACACCAACGGGAAAAAUGGCGAAAACGUACGAUUAUUUAUUUAAACUAUUGCUCAUAGGAGACAGCGGUGUGGGUAAGACCUGUCUACUUUUCAGGUUCAGCGAAGACGCGUUCAACACAACCUUUAUAUCCACAAUAGGGAUCGAUUUCAAAAUCAGAACGAUAGAACUGAACGGGAAGAAGAUCAAACUCCAGAUCUGGGACACUGCAGGACAGGAGAGGUUCCGGACCAUCACCACAGCGUACUACAGGGGUGCGAUGGGCAUAAUGCUGGUGUAUGACAUCACAAACGAGAAGUCCUUUGAUAACAUCAAGAACUGGAUCCGGAAUAUCGAGGAGCACGCCUCAUCUGAUGUGGAGAGGAUGGUCCUGGGGAACAAAUGUGACAUGAACGAAAAGAGACAAGUGUCCAGAGAGAGAGGAGAGAAGUUAGCAAUAGAUUAUGGAAUAAAGUUCCUGGAAACAAGUGCAAAAUCCAGCUUAAAUGUGGAAGAGGCCUUUUUCACACUUGGCAAGGAUAUUAUGGCCAGACUCAACAGAAAGAUGAAUGACAACACUCCUCCAGGGGGAGGAGGGCCGGUUAAAAUCUCAGAGAACCGGUCCAAGAAAAGCAGCUUCUUCCGCUGCACGCUGCUGUAACAGAGCCCCAGUUACCCCCCACCCCGCCCUCCGCCCCACCCCAAACACCAUUUCCCCAAGCCCCGCCCCCAAACCAGCCGUUCCGUGUCCUCACCGCGGCCGACGCCUUGCUUCUGUGAAAGCACGCUAUCGCACUGGGCCUGUGAGGAACACUGUUGCCGAGCACCGCGCAUUCCGCCAGCAUGGGGGGACGAGGACGCUCAAGGCGUCCUUUCGGACCGCUGGGACGAGCCCGAGGGACAGGCCUGAUUUGGAACGGCGGCGCAGCCCCCGUACGGCAGGACACGUUACCCAUCAGCCACAGCCUUUCACCUUUUUACGGCCUGCCGGCUACCUGGCUUCUGUGCUACGAUGAGCAGAGCAAAGGAAAGGACACAGGGUGGUGGAAGAUUUUAUAUUUUAUACCAACGAGGCAAACACCCAGCAGAAGGAGGAACGGGCAAAACAUACUGCUACGAAUGUGUGUGUGUGUGCUUGUAGGUGUGCAUGGCUGUGUGUGUGUGUGUGUGUGUGUGUGAAAGCAUGUUUGUGUGUAGCCCCUGCAUUGUACUUUUUAUUUUUUAAACUAAAGCUGACCAAAUCAUGUUGAUGUGCAGUAACAGAUGUCUUAAUUUCAUGUUGCUUUAUUUCAAAAGGCUUUCAAAUAGUCUUUAUUGUGUCUUCUUUUACACAUGUUCAAAAUGUCUUAGUCAUUUCAUAUUGUGUUGAAAUCAUAGGCCAGUUAUUUGUUAACCUUAAUGUGUGGUUUCACAGGAAAUCUGGAAAUAUAAAGAAAAAAAGGAAAAGAGACAGUUUGCAUCUUUUACUGGAUAAUAUGCUGUUGAAAAUCGCAGUCUGCUUGUUGCACUCUAGCCUUAAGACGAAGUUGAGAGGAAGGAUAUUCUAAUAAAUUGUACAUGAAGCUAAAUGAUGUCAUAAGAGGACUGGAAGGAAAUCGUUAUCGUUGCUCUUUGAGCAAAAAUGUAAUUUGGAUAAGCCAAAUGAAGGAAGUGUGUUUAUUUCAGAUUUGUUUGAAAUUAGGAAUAAUUUUGACAUCACAGAUGUGAGGGUUUUGCAGAUGUACUAUGUUGCAGGAACUGCAAACGUGCAAUACACUGCUUAGGCUCAAGUCUUCCAGACCAUAAAUAUCCCUGCACCUUAGAUACUGGCAACACACCAAAGCAUGUGAAAACUAAACACAGAGUUAACUGGCAAGAAGGUUAGAUGGCAAGAUGCAGCCCUUACAUUCAAGUUUUAAAUCUCUUCUCAGAACUUUGCUUUCUGUGUGUUUAUUUAAAGUGGACGGGUGUUUGUCUAUACUCGAUGUGUUAAGGCGUGACUGAUGUGACGUGCGUUUUGCUGUCAGCAGUCAGCAGAAGGUCCCUGCCUUCUAGCCACUGGUAAUGGCUUUGACCUGGGACUGUGGGUCAUGUGAUGCUGUGUGUCAUUGGUCAAAGGUCAGGGGUCAGUCCUGAGACAGGAAUUGAGAGCAGGUCUCCAUACAAGUGCUUAUAGACACAGCAGCACAAUAAGACUGCUGUGACCAUUGUGUAUUAAUGUUCUUCAUAAUUGUUAUUUUUUUAUGUAUACUAAAACUGGACUCGUACACUUUCCUAUCACUGAGGACAGAAAAGGGGUAUUCUGCAAUGUGUAUGUGGUAUAUAGAGAGUGUGUGUGUGUGUAUGUGUGUGAGAGAGAGAGUGAAAGGGGAAAACCAUAGGAAAACCACUUACUGCAUGCUUGAAUUUCCUGUAAACUAAACAACUGAAAUGUAAUACCACUGUUUAACCGUAUUAUUUUUUUAGUUUUAUAUUAACAUACAUAAUAUUUUUAAUGUUGUUUGUGUAGACCGGGAACGAUCUGGCUACAUGCUUUUUUCUCAUUUUUAUAAUUAUGUUUUCAUAAAAAGCAGUUAUUAUAUAAUAUAUUGUUUACAAAACAUCUGCUGCAGCAGCUUUCUCUCUUCAGCUGCACUUUAUUUUCUGUGUGUUGGCUGUUAGUCUAAGAGUUUUUCUUUAACACAAGUGGCAUUUCAGUGUCACACAUGUGGCCAUGAUUGUGCUUAGGGGGAAACCACUUGUACAGUUCACUCAAAAACAGAAUGGUGUGGGUCUGAGCCCCUUGGCAAAUGAGUCGCAGACUGAGGCCUGUUAUGUUAAAUGUCCUACUGAUAGCUUGAAUUGCAUUUAAUUUAUGCCGGUGUGCUUUUUUACCCCAUAUAUCAAAUUGCUGAAAAUAACAUUUUGUUAUUAUGUUCAUGGGACCAUAAUUUUUAUAUGUGUGCAUCUACAUAUCAACUAUAUAUUCAUACAGUGCCAAAGCACAAUUCUGAUAAUGUAACAGUGAUGGCACUCCAUUGAACAGAUUUAGCCAUCUAAGAUCUGAAAAGCAUUGUUAUAUGUGUCCUUAAUAUUGAGCAGACACUGUUUAAUGUUUGGUUAAUGUGUUUUUCAUGCAUUGACAUGGUUGCAGUUGUAACAUGUUACAAGGAAUGUUGGCUUUGUUUUUCUGGGUUUUUUUCUUACAACAUUCAACUAAAAUAAAGAUUACAUAAGAAACCUUA